GCCUCGCGGCCUCCGAGCAGCACGCGGCGCCCGCCGGCCGGGCCUCUGAGGGCCGCCGGGUCGGGGCGGAGGGCUGCGGGCCCGCGCCUCCGCAGCAGCGCGGCCGGCGCCGGGCCAGGAGGAUGCGCGGCGCCGGGCUCUGAAGCAUGGAGGGGGUUCUGUACAAGUGGACCAACUAUCUCACAGGUUGGCAGCCUCGAUGGUUUGUUCUAGAUAAUGGAAUCCUGUCCUACUAUGACUCUCAGGACGAUGUGUGCAAAGGGAGCAAAGGAAGUAUAAAGAUGGCCGUCUGUGAGAUUAAAGUCCAUUCAGCAGACAACACAAGAAUGGAAUUAAUCAUUCCAGGAGAGCAGCAUUUUUAUAUGAAGGCAGUAAAUGCCGCUGAGAGACAGAGGUGGCUGGUCGCCCUGGGGAGCUCCAAAGCGUGUUUGACUGACACUAGGACUGCAAAAGAAAAAGAAAUAAGUGAGACCAGUGAAUCUCUGAAAACCAAAAUGUCUGAACUUCGCCUCUACUGUGACCUCCUAAUGCAGCAGGUUCAUACAAUCCAGGAAUUUGUUCACCACGAUGAGAGUCAUUCAUCUCCUAGUGUAGAGAACAUGAAUGAAGCCUCGUCCUUGCUUAGUGCCACCUGUAAUACAUUCAUCACAACUCUUGAGGAAUGUGUGAAGAUAGCCAAUGCCAAGUUUAAACCUGAGAUGUUUCAACUGCCUCAUCCGGAUCCCUUGGUUUCUCCUGUGUCGCCUUCUCCUGUUCAGAUGAUGAAACGUUCUGCCAGCCACCCUGGUUCCUGCAGUUCAGAGAGGGGCAGCUGUUCCAUCAAAGAAGCAGCCUCUGGCCUUCACAGACUUCCUCAGCGCCGCCGCAGAACCUACUCAGACACAGACUCUAAUGAUGUUCCCCCUGAAGACCCAGAGAGACCUCUUCACUGUUCAGGAAACACACUUAAUGGAGAUUUGGCAUCAGCAACCAUUCCUGAAGAAAGCAGACUUCUGGCCAAGACACAAUCUGAAUCUGAAGAACCUCUUCCACCCUUCUCCUGAGGAAACGGACACGUCCAGCCUCCUCUGAGUGUUGCUAUGCAAAAGCUGCUGUAAUUAAACUCUUUCUGGGGUAGCUUCCCCUCUCCUUAGGAUUUCUCUGCACUUUAUAGAAUAUUGUAAACAAACAACCCACAUACUUUUGAAGUGUAUUUUAUCUUUCUAUAGUUUACUUGCAAGAGUAUUUUCCUAAUAACUUCACAGUAUGAAUGUGCAUCUUUUUUUUUUUUUAAACAAAUGAUGGUGUAACAUUUUGACAUCCAUAAGGACAAAUGUAGAUAUUUUUCUAAAAAACUGUGAGGGACUGGCAGCUUGGUCAGUGUGUAUUGUACUAUAUAAAUAUGAAAUCUCGUCAGGUUUGUUUUGACAGAAAUGUGAUAGAUGUAACUUGUGCCAUGGACCAAAAGGUCACUUCACCCCAGCUUCAAAUUAAUUACCAUAGCAGCUUGAUGGUGAUUGGAUUGUAUUCCUUUAAGCAAAAGAAGGAAACACUGUUCUGAAGGUCUUUAGCCCAAAUACCAUGACUUAUUGAAUACUUAAAAAGAGUCAGACUUUGCUGUCCUUCGUAUGUGAAGUUGACACUAUUGAUUGUCAACACCAAACAUCAGGUUACAGUGUUUAAUUUUUAUUUAUUUAUUUUCUUACUGCAUCAAAAGAUGAUCAUGUCCUAACUAUUGUGACCUUCCCAAUUUAAAAUGUAUAUGCAUUGUUGUCACGUAUGUCAUUCUAAGAGAGGCAAGUGUCUCGGCGACCUCGUUCCCCUACACCAGAGAAAUAAAUGGCUUUCAAUGGAAAAGGAUUUUAGUGCUUUUUUUUUUUUUUUUUUUUUUUUUUUAAAAAAUAGGAACAAAGCUGCUGUUGUAAGGUAUGAUUUGCAGCUCUUUGGCAUAUCUAGAGACAUUUUUAAUUUAUGAAUAUUUAUACAAGAAAGUAAUUCUGUCAAGAUGACUGUUCUGUAUCAUUUGAGAAUGGCAUUAUUUAAUUAAAGAACAAUUUGCAUUUUU